AUGUUGUUGUUUAGAUUGAUGCCACAACUACUGUAUUACAUUUCUAUGCCUGUACACCAAAACGCCGAACUCCUCGCUCCCCCGCCGAAGUCCGAUCGAUGGCCCGUUAUGAUGUUUUCCCACGGACUGGGAGGCACCCGGAACGCAUACUCGCACAUCUGCGGCUCACUCGCAAGUCACGGAAUCGUAGUGGUAGCAGCAGACCAUCGCGAUGGCAGUUCGCCUCUCGCCAUCCACCACACACCCGAAGAGAAGCCGAAGACGAAGCGCGUUGACUACCGAUCGAUUGCACACAAGGCGAGCACAGAAGUAUACGAGGCACGAGACGAGCAACUGAAGAUAAGGCUAUGGGAGUUGGGCAUGGUACACGAUGCAGUCUUGAAAAUCGACGAAGGACGUAAACUCAAGAACGUAGCCCAAGACCAACCCAAGGGAAAGAACCUACUCAGCAUGUUCUCCAACAUCCUCAACAUCCACGAGCCCGGCUCCAUCAGCUACGCAGGCCACUCCUUCGGCGCCUGCACAAUGGUGCAAUUCGUAAAAUCCGUCUACCACCGCCCCCAAACGUCCACCCCGUCUUACAAACCCCUCUACACCCCCUCCUCAGACUCCAGCCUAGUCCAACAAAUCACACCCCAAAACUCCGUCACCCUCCUCGACCUCUGGACGCUCCCCAUCCAAAGCCCCGCCACAAGCUGGCUCCGCUCCAAACCCAUGCCCUGCUACGAUUCCCCGUCUGGCGGCAAGAGCCUGCUAGCCAUCGCCUCGGAAGGCUUCUACAACUGGUCCUCCAACUUCCGCGAAACGAAAUCAAUCUUAUCUCCUCCCUCGCCUUCACAAUCCAGAUACACAAACCAACCCGGCCCCCACAUCUUCUACCCCAUCGCCUCAGCGCACCUCUCGCAAUCCGAUUUCGGCGUCCUGUUCCCCUGGGUCACAACCAAAGUCUUCGGCGCGAAGGAACCUGAACGCGUACUCAGACUCAACACACGCGCGAUAUUGCAGAUGCUGAGGGAGAAUGGGGCGAGGGUUGCGAAUACGAGUGCGGCGGAUUUGGAAUUGGAGGAUGAGCCCGGCCCGGCGAAGGGCUGGAAUUUGGUUAAUGAUACUACGAUUUUGAGUCGGACGAAGGAUAGUGUGAGGGGUUGGGUUAAUAUUAGUGUGGAUGGGGAGGAGGAGAGGGGGGAGGAGAAGGUGGUGAGCCCGUUGGAGAAGGUGGGGAGUAAGGGGAAGGGGCCUGGGGAUGCGGUGGUUGAGGGGGAGGCGCUAGGGCAGGUUGUUGAGGGGAAGGCUUGA